AUGGCCGCCGCCGCCGCCUUCCUGACCACUCCGCUCCACCAUCUCUCCCCCUUUUUAACCACCACAUCCAUAGCAGCAAUCACCAUUUCCGCCGGAAUCUGCUACUAUCUGACGGCCAAAAGAUCCAACAACAACAACAAACAACCACCUCUGCCGCCGGGACCUCGCGGCGCCCCUGUUCUCGGUUCCAUCCCAAUGUUCCUCGACCGAACCCCAAUCCACCGGAAAUUCACCGCCCUCGCCGCCGAAUACGGCCCCAUCUUCAAAUUCCGUGUGGGCACCAAACUCUACAUCGUCCUACGACUUCACUUCAUCAAAUCCAGUGGCGACCUGAGUGAACAUCUCCGACCUGCCUCCCCUUCAGCAGUUCAUCGACAAACACAUGCAGGCGGUGCCACCAACGACGAUGGCGGGGAAGAUCCGUUGCAUGCGGCGAAACUCGUUGAGGCCUUGAGGAUUACAGAGUUGUAG